UGGCGUAUUAAGAUUCUAGAGAGAGAGAGAAAUAGUAAAAGGAAGGAGAGUCAAAGCAGCAGCGCAGCAGUUGGUACUAUUUGUAUUGGUAAUGAUUUCGGCACAGACAGACAGAGAGCAAAAGAGAAAGAAAAUACAAAGCCAUAGGUGAGAAUAGAAUAGAAGAGAGAGAUAUAUACUACUCCUACUACUAUAUCAGAAGCUCGUGAUGAGAAUUCUUUCUUUACAGUAGUAGCAAACAAACAUCAAAUAUAUCAGAGAAUUAAGAGACUGCAAUUUUUGCUUUUCUCGUGAUCUCUCUUUUGUACACGUAAUUAUUACACUUUUUGGUUGUUGCUUUAAACCUAGACAGUUUCAACGGGAUUUGCCAAAAACCAUCUCUUUUCUAAGUCCAAACUUAAGCCAGAUAUCCCUCUCUUGUUCAACCUCUAUAUAGAAAGAACAUAGCUCUCUUUUCUUUUAGUUUUCCACUUUUUUCCCUUUAUUCUGUUGGUGGAAACUGAAGGGAUAGAGGUGGAAAAGAGGAGUCUUGAAAAUACCCUUUUGGAAUUUGAAGAGAUUUUUGAGUACUAAGAAGAAUUUGAAGAAUGGGAAAUUGUGGAAGAAAUGGUGGAGUGAGACAAUAUAUAAGAUCAAAAGUACCUCGUUUGAGAUGGACACCUGAUCUUCAUCAUUGUUUUCUUCAUGCUAUUGAAAAACUUGGUGGCCAAGAUAAGGCUACUCCUAAGCUUGUUCUUCAAAUGAUGGAUGUAAGAGGACUUACUAUUUCUCAUGUCAAAAGCCAUCUUCAGAUGUACAGGAGCAUGAAAAGUGAAGUCAACAGGCAAGAUAGAAGCAGCACUCAGGCAAAAAAACAGUCCCUAGAAAGUCAUGAUUGUCAUCAACAAGAAGAUGGGUGUGUAGAGCAACAGAAGCUUCUGGUUUACCCUCCAUCUUUUAAUUCCAUGGAAAGAUCAGAUUCUCCUUACUUUAACAGUAUACAAGCCACAAAAAGAGCUAGAAUCGAGACCACAAGCUGCAGCCAGAGAAUACGUGAAGCAGUGGCCAAUCAGUACACUAAAGAUGAAUACAUCCAUAGUAUUGCUGAUAAAAGUGUGGUAACAGAAUGGCAACAAACCAGUGAAAGAGAAAGAGAAACAGCUCAUCCUGCUUUGUGCAACACUACUCAUUUCUCUCUGCCACAAGAUUUCUUUCAAAGUUUUAAUCCUCAAGUUCAAGAAUCUGAAUUUUUCAAGGCGGCCAAGCAACAAGAUUCAAAACGGGAAUCAACAAAGAAGUGCAAAUUCCUGGGCACGAGGAAAAUAGAAAGUGCAGGAGGAGAAGAAGAAGAAGAAGAAGACGACGAUUGUAGAUUAUCGUUGUCUCUCUCAUUGCACCAUCCUUCAACUCAAAGAAGCAACACUUCGUCCACAAUAAGUGAGAUUAGUGAGGCAAUCUCUUCGUACUCGGGUUCUAACCUGAAUCAUCACGAGUACCACUGGCUUUCUUCGUCUGAAAAGCAUAGAGUUGUUAAUCUUGAUCUGUCUAUUGCCUUGUGUAGUAAGUAGUGACUUAUUGAUAUUUCCAUGCAAAAUUCCCCUUAGGUGAAUUUUAAAAUUAAUUAGUCUCUAUUUGGAGGAGGAAGUUUUUACUUCUUUUACUGUAGUGUUUCUCUAUCUUUUUUCUGUGUUUACUAUUUUUUUUACCUUUGUUCAUGUUGAUAUUAGAGAAACGCUUCAGUAACAUAAGUACUCGA